ACCUCAGUAAUCGUGAGGUAAAAUGGCGUCGGGUGCCAUUUCAACAGAUACUAAGAAGAUAUCAGAAUUAAGGGUUGUUGAUCUUAAAUCUGAGCUUAAACGGAGGAGUUUGGAUAUUACUGGUGUAAAAAACGUUCUUCUAGCAAGACUUAAACAGGCUAUUGAGGAUGAAGGUGGUGACCCAGAAAACAUUCAGAUUCACUUUUCAACAGAUGCAUCAGCCAGGAAAAGUGGAAAAGCUAAAGGAAGAAAAGGGGAUUCUGAUCAGGACACCACUACAGAAGAAGAUGCUUUUUCCAAGGAAACUGAAGAUAAUGAGUCAGAAAAGGAUGUAACUGAUACAGAUGAUGGUACUCGUGAAAAUUCUAAGCCUCCACCCUGUGAGGACAGCCGUGCUCACUCUGAUGCUGAACCAGAGUCAGAGGCUGUGGCGGCAGACGCUGAUUCAGACCCUGAGCCAGAGGUCGAUGCAGAGGACGAGCCAGAUGCAGAUGAGGACGCAGACCCAGAGUUCGAUGUGGCUGAGAUGGAUGCUGAAGCCAUGACUUCCUCUAAAGAAGCUGAGGAUGAUCACCUAUCUGUCUCAAUCCCAAAUGAAGACGCCAUCACCCUAGAAGUUGAUGGUGAUGACCUCCUGGAAACAGGUAAACAUGUGAAACUUCCAGAUCCAGAGGCAGAGAAAGCCACUGAUGAGCCAGAGACCUCUGCUGAGACGGGUCCAGAUGAUGACAUGAAGGAUGAAGAGAUGGAGGGAGAGGGUAAGAAAGAUGAUGAAUCCAGAGGCGAGCCCACGAAGAAAGACGGCAGAGAUGGCCAGAAGAAAGCAGAAACCGGAGAUAAAGAAAAGGAUUCUGGGAAGAAAGGCCCCUCCACUACUGGGGCAUCAGGUCAAGCAAAGAGCGCUUCAAGAGACAGAGAUGGAAAAGCUGCAAAAGAUGAAAAAGCUGUCAGCUCUCGUAACAUUUGGGUGAGCGGCCUGUCUUCCAACACCAAGGCAGCAGAUCUGAAGAACCUGUUUGGCAAAUAUGGGAAGGUUUUAAGUGCCAAGGUGGUUACAAAUGCUCGUAGUCCUGGUUCAAAAUGUUACGGCUUGGUGACGAUGUCUUCAAGUACAGAAGUGACGCGCUGCAUCUCCCACCUUGACUGUACAGAACUCCAUGGACAGGAGAUAUAUGUUGAAAGGGCAAAAAAUGAUCCAUUCAAAAAGGAGCCUUCAAAGAAGGAAGUGGAGGACAAAGCAGGUUCCAGCAAGUCAAAUGAUAAACGUGCUUCCACUGGGACAAAACAAGCCAAUAAAGCACAGCCAUCUUACAAAAAGGAAGAAAAGAAAUCUGAAAAGCCAUCAGACAAGGACAAAGAUUUAUCCAAGAAACAAGAAGCAAAAAGUGGAAAAUCUGAGUCUGUUUCAUCUCAGUCGGGACAAGAAUCCUCACAGAAAGAUGAAAGAAAGUAUUUACGGACAAAAAGCCCAGGCAACAUGAUGGUAGAUCAUGCCAAAGGAGAACUUCAUUUUGGCAAACCAAGACCUUUCAGAAGGGGGCGGUUUUUUGAUAAACCCUUUAUCAACACCAAUUUUCAAAGGAGGCCAAAGUGGUUGAUUCCUCCUGAGGAGUUAGAGAUGAUGAGAGAGAAACAGCGAAAUUUUCCUGACAAAGAAGAAGACAUAGACAUCUUGCCUUUUGAGAAGAUUAAAGAGCAGAAGGAGCUGCGCAUGCGUGAACGCAUGGCUCGUCUGGAACGUGUCCGUAGAGCUGUGGAGUUGCGCAGGCGUCGUGAAAUUGCAGAACAAGAACGGCGGGAGCGCGAGCGGGUCCGGCUGCUGCAUGAGCGUGAAGAACGAGAGAACCUGCUUCGGGAGCGCCAGAGACUUGAGAUGGAGAGACAGAAAUUGGAACGAGAGCGCUUGGAAAGGGAGAGGCUUGAGCGAGAGAGAAUCCGUAUAGAGCAGGAAAGGCGAAAAGAGGCAGAGCGCAUGGCACGUGAACGUGAGGAGCUUCGGAGACAACAAGAGCAGCUUCGUUUUGAGCAAGAAAAGAGAAACAACCUGAAGAGAGGUCGUGAGGUCGAUCACACUCGGAGGGAUGAUCCCUAUUGGAACGGCAACAAGAAGAUGCAGCCUGAGUCUGAGAUCCGUUUGAAUCAAGGCUCCAAUUACAACCGUCAGCAGAACCGCUUUUCAAACUUCAAUCCACGCGAAAGAGGUCGUUUUCCUGAUGCUGCUGUCCAACAGCCAAACGUAUAUGACAGACGUAACAGGUUUGACGGUGAACCUGAGACAAAGAAGAGUCGGCCUACAACUCACAGAGAGGGCUCAGGGUUUGACCGAUACCCCAAGAACUUUGACACAGUCCGCAGAGCUGAAGGACCUCCUCCUCGUACUGAAGUGCGAGAGACUGUUCGCCGGGACAGAGAUGACAGACGUCCUGCACCCAUGCAUGAUCGCCCUGUUGGAGCAAGAGCUACGAUGCCAGCUAUGCCGCACAACCGCCCACCAAGGGAUGGGGGGCAUGGAUGGAAGAAUGAUGGAGGGAUAAACUCCAACAAAGGAGACAUGCGAGGCCCCAUGCGUAUGCGUGCAGAGCGACCAGGCAGAGACGGUCCGGGCGCACCAAGGGGAGGUCCUUCAGUUAACCGUGGAAGAAGCAGCUUUAAUGAUCGGAGUGAAGGUAGAUCCAUGGUGAUGAAUGAUCAGCCGUUUAGCUCUGGCCGCCAAGUCGUAGUGGAGCGUCACAGCAGGGAGCAGGGACUAAGGAAGGAGUGGCAUGGUGGUUCAAGCUCCCAGGGUGGGAGCUUCCCUGAGAAUCGCAGGAUGGGAGACACUCGUGGGGGCAUAAUGGCUCCUUCUAGUCACUCCUCAUCUGGAAUAAGCCGAAUUGUACAGAUCACCAACAACUCCAUUCCCAGUGGUGGCACUGCGAGUGGAUUCAAGCCCUUCAAAGGAACGCCACGGCCAUUCUAACACUUUGAAGCAUUUGAAAAUGAAAACUUUUUUGUUUUUAUUUCCUUUUUUGUUUUGUCUUUUUUUUUUUUAAAGACUGUCAACUGGUUUUUGGUGCCACUUUUGUGGCCAUGAGGUUGAUAACACUAUUUUCUUAUGUAUGGACAAAGUGUUUACCUCAGUGUAGGUUUUCCUGACAGUUCUGCUGUUAAUGUUUAACAACCCUGUGCACAAGUUUUAAUAUUUAGAAAGAUUAUUGUACAGCCCUAAGUCUUUGUAACAAGUUUUCAAGUGAUAUGACCUCUCAUUGGGUAUUGCCUGUACAUUCUCAAUAGUAUAGUGUUACACUCAGUUUUCCUGUGUAAUGUUUUGUUUUAGUGUAUUAUAAAUUUCAAAAUGAGAAGGACAAGUUUGGGUGUUUUGCUGAGGUAACGUUAUUUUUCUUUUUUACUUUGUGUGUAUGUCCUAUUUUGGAAAAUUUAGAUUUAAAUUAACAAAAACAAAAAAAAGGGGAAAAAAGGUCAAGCUGUAUAAAUACCCUGCACUGUAGCAGAUGAUCUCUCAAAGGACACAAAUUGUGUACAGGUCUGAAAUGUGACUUUGAAGUCUUGCUGCUGGGCAUUCAGUGAAGUCAGUGUGUAAUUCAUGGAUUUAUAAUAGCUUACUGUCAUUCUGAAAAUCUUGACAAAUUGGUGUCUGUUCUUAGCUUACAGCCAUGAUUUUAUUUAUUACUUUGUACAGCUCAUAUUGUUUGGGUGCCCAUGGAUCACUGAACCUUGUCAGACAAGCACAAAGUACUUCUAUCACAGCAUGUCUGAAUCUGAAAAGUGAUGCACAUGGUACAAAAGCUGCGCUUUGAAUGGACAACAUGCUGUGAGAUUACUAACUGUGACUAAACUAACACCUUGACUGGCAGGAGGCACUUCUAUAACACAGGUGUCAAACCCCAGUCCUUGAGGGCUGCUAUCCUCAAGGUUUUUAUUCUUUCCCUGCUCCAACACACCUGACUGAAUUUAAUGGGUUAAUGUGAAGACCUUAACAAUUGUUGAAUCCAUUUGAUUUAAAUCGGGUGUGUUGGAGCAAUGAAACGAUAAAAACCUGCAGGAUAGCAGCCCUCAAGGGCUGGAGUUUGAUGCCCCUGUAAUUUCCUUUCAAGUCAUUUCAGCAUUUUUAAUAUGUUAAUGAUAUUUCAAAACCUUUCUUUCUUGGUCCUUUAUAUGGACCAAUAAGUGUCCAGAAUCAUCAUUUAUGUACUUUGACUCCCAUCAUAUAAUACCGUGCUUAUCUACACACUCAUUGCAAUUAGUUGAGGCUUAAUUAAACUAUGAAUCUGUCA